AUGGAGCCCGGCGGGGACCCGCGGAGCCGGAGCGGCGGCGGCGGGCCCGGAGCCCCCCGCGGCCGGCGCCCCCCGCGGACCCCGGGCCCUGAGGACCAGGAGGCCGGAGGGCAAGAGCCGAAGCCAGAGGGUGGUGCCUUGGGGUCCCUCCCUUCCCCCAGGAGCAGGGCUCCCCCCUCUGGUCGGAAGUAUUCGGACCACUGCGAAGCCCGGGCCUCCCGCCCUGGCAAGAGUCGAAUCCCAGGGCGAGACCAUCGCCGAUACUACCAUGACCAUUGGCGGCUGGAAUACCUGAUGGACUUCAACCCAGCCAGGCACGGGAUGGUGUGCAUGGUGUGCGGCAGCUCUCUGGCCACCCUCAAGCUCAGCACCAUCAAGAGGCACAUCCGGCAGAAGCACCCCUACUCCCUGCACUGGAGCCCCCGAGAGAAGGAGGUCAUCAGCAGCAGCUGGGAUGCCCACCUGGGGCUGGGGGCCUGUGGGGAGGCCGAGGGGCUAGGGGCUCAAGGGGCUGAGGAGGAGGAGGAAGAGGAGGAGGAGGAAGAAGAGGAAGAAGAAGAGGAGGAAGCUCCUGCUGCCCUCCCAGUUUGCCUACCCAAGAGCACAGGUCGAUCCUCCUCGGGCAGUGGGGGUGGCCGGCGCCGGAGGCGCGGGGGCCCUUCAGCUCCCCGACGGCCCGGGGGAAGCGGAGGGCUGGGGGGUUCUCGGAGCCUGGAGCGGCGGCUGAAGGAGUCCUUGCAAAGCUGGUUUCGAGCCGAGUUCCUCAUGGACUACGACCCGCGGGGCAACCGGCUGGUGUGCAUGGCCUGCGGCCGGGCCUUGCCCAGCCUGCACCUGGAUGACAUCCGGGCACAUGUACUGGAGGCACACCCUGGCUCCCUGGGGCUCACGGGCCCGCAGCGCAGUGCUCUUCUGCAGGCUUGGGGCACCUCAGCUGCGGGGCCACCCCACCCUCCACCAGCAGACGACGACCUCGGCCCUCAAGAUCUGACCCGAAAAGCGCAGGCUCCAGGCGCAGCCGCCUCCUCCCUGGAGCCCGCUCCCUCGGCCCCUGGUGCCCCGAGAGCCGCGGCCGGGGCGGAAGGGGGUGCAGCAGCCGGGGCAUCGACUGGCCUGCCCCGGGGCCGCGACCAUCGGCGCUACUACCAGGAGCGCUGGCGGCUGGAGUACCUGAUGGAGUACGACGGCGGUCGCCGCGGUCUGGUGUGCAUGGUGUGCGGGGGCGCGCUGGCCACGCUCAAGAUGAGCACCAUCAAGCGUCACAUUCGCCAGCGGCACCCGGGCUCCACCGGCCUUAGUGGGCCAGUGAAGGCCCUCAUUGCUCAGGAGUGGAGCCGGAAGGCCACGCACCUGCUGGCACUGGGGCUGCCCUUCUCCGAGCUCCCGGGGGUCCGGGGAGAGAGGGAAGAGGAAGAAGAAGAGCAGGAACAGGGAGGAGAAGAGGAGCCCGACGAAGAAGAGGAGGAGGGAGAGUGGGCCGACGGUUCGCCCUCCGCAGAGGAAGAUGUCAGCGCCAGGAGGCCCGAGGAGGAGGAGGGGGAAGAGGGGGAGGAAGAAGAGGCCGAGGCCCCGGAGCCGCAGGCCAGCAGCGCCCCCGCUCCGCCCCCGCCGCCCCCUCCACCGCCCCCGCCGCCCCCGCGCAGCCGGGAGCAGCGGCGCAACUACCAGCCGCGCUGGCGGGGAGAGUACCUGAUGGACUACGACGGCCGGCGGCGCGGCCUGGUGUGCAUGGUGUGCGGGGGCGCGCUGGCCACGCUCAAAGUCAGCACCAUCAAGCGCCACAUUCUGCAGGUGCACCCCUUCUCCAUGGACUUCACGGCAGAGGAGCGCAAGACCAUCCUGGAGGCCUACGAGGAGGCGGCCCUGCGCUGCUACGGCCACGAGGGCUUCGGGCAGCCGGCGCCGCCCCCGGGGGGCCCAGACGGGGACGUCCAGCCGGGCGCUGUGUGCCGGGCAUAGCGCGGAUGGGCCGGCUCAGGGCGGGGGGAGCCCCUGCCCAGCCCUGCCCUACUCCCUCCACCUCGGUCUUCCUCCCCAGUGAAAAUCUGAACCCUCUGGGGUACCCCAGACCCCACUGGGAGGCCCCGUCUUCCCGGGGCAGCCGCGCCCGUCCCCAACUUGGCUGCCUCUCCGCCCUGUCAGGGGCCCCUUUGCUUUCUGAUGUUUACCUCCGCGGCCGCCCUGGCUUCCCUUCCUUGUCCCCCAAUCACCCCUUUCCUGCCCCCUCACCCCCUCCUCCUACCGACCAGGGCCGAGUUUCUCCUGAGCUGUAGGUGAUCUCUCUCCAUCCCAGAUGGGUCGUCUUUGGACCAGGGAGAAAUAAGGAGCAGGCGCUGGAGAAGCCUUUGUUCAAGCCCCAGCCGCCCCACUCCGCAGGGCUGGGAGCAGCUGUGGAGUGGGCCCCAGGGCAGAGCAGCUGGGGCCGCUACUUCGGAGCUGCCCAAGGUGGUUCAGAGAGUGGAAGGAGGAGGCCAGGGCGGCAUGUGGCAGGGUCCAAGGUUGCUUGCCCUCCACCCCUUCAUUGCUCUGUCGUCUGGCCCUUUCCCUGAGCGGUUUUAGGAAUGUGAACUUCUGGGCCCUGGCAUUAGGCAUGGCCCAGACUUCCCACUGUCCAGUGGGGGAAAGAGGUUGGGUUAGGAAUUCAGACUCCAGGAGGCCCCAGAAUGGAGUUCCUGGGGUACCCCAGACCUGACUUCCCCUUUCAAGAUGGGUAUCCAUCCGUUCGUUGUUCACCGUUCAGUAUUAGAGCCUCCCGCCUCCGGCCCUUUUCUUCUACGUAGGGGGUGGGGUCUUGGCCAAGGCCCGCAUUGCUCUGCUCCAUUGACCUAGAAAGGAACCAUCCCAGAAGGUGGCAUUACAAGCCCCCAGCCUCACUACUGCAGGGCGAUUCCCGGCACUGGGUGGGCUGAUUAUGGGGGCCUGGUCUGUGUUUGAAACGGGAAGUGUUUUGUGGAGACGUUGACAAGGUAUCUUCCUACCCUGCCCCCUCCCCUCAAGUCCCAGGGUCCGAGGAUGCCAGCUGGGUCGUGUGUCCCAGGUCCUCCCCACUCUGCUUCCCUUGCCAUUCCAGUUGGGUUUUCCUAGCUCUAAGCAUGACAGUAUUAUGACGGCAAACAGGUAGUCCCUGGAGCCGGGAGGGGCUGAGAGAGACCCUGGUCGUCAGUUUCAAAGUUAUAGCACUUUUUUUUUAAUACCCCUUUCCCUUUCGUUGGGGCCCCAUCGACCUCAUUAUUCUGCCCAAAGCUAACUCAUUUCUGAGAAGCUGGAAGUUAAGGACCCUGCCAACUUGCUCUCUGCUUCCAGGCCUGUCUAGAUGGUACAAGCUGGGGGGAAGUGGCAGUCCUGUCCCUUGUUACAUUCCAUUCUCCUAACCCUGCCCUUCCAUCUCCCUACGGCUAGGGGGUAGGGACAUUGACAUUUCUGGGGCUGGGCAGGUCAGAAAAACUGGCCAGGUAGUUGGGACCUGAAUAUUUUAGGGAGUGGGGGUUUAUGAUCAUCUAGGCAGGUCCAAGUUUGGGGUGUUUCGAUUCAUUCUCUCCUGUGGAGAAAAGGUGGCCCCAAGAUCAGGCCCUUGGCUCUUAUUUUUUAUUUUAUUUGGAAAACUAUUUAAUGCUUUUAUAUGAAGGGGGAGGGGGAGGGAGCUGGCCAUCACCCUUAUGUGCAAAUGUCUUUAUUUAUUAUUCGUGUAUCAGAGAUAAGCUGUGAGGUGCACCCCAGGAGACUGUUUCUUACAUUGCCCUUGGGGAAGAAGGCAGAGCUCUGGACCACUGAGGGAGGGUGGGUGUGGGAAAAGAAUGGGAGAGAUCGUCAAGAGAUGCAAGGACAGCAAGGACUGAGACAACUCAGCCACCAGUGCUUCUUUGGGCCCCCGAGUUCUGACCUCCAGAAAGUGAGGCUGUAGGGAGCUGAAGGGUUUUUCCUCAGGCGACUGUGGAAGAGGUGUUGUCUUUGGGUUGAGGGAUGAGCUGAUGGGUUCUUGAGCCGGUACUGUACUGCUAAACCACCAAUAGCAGAAUACCUUAUUAUGCUCUGUGGGGGGGCCCCUGCCCAAAGCCAAAGGCUUGUGUUCAUGUAACUGGACCGGAGCCUUUCUUCCUGGAUCCCGAGCCUACCUCUGAUGGGAAGCUGCUGGUGAAGGAUAUAGGCUGGCUUUCAGGGACUCGGGGAUCCUGGACAUGACUAGUAGCUGUUGGUGUUUGCCGAGUUCUUUCAAGUGGGGCUGCUCCUGCCUUGCCAACUUUUUUCCAAAAGUGCCCUAUCAAGUGGUCCUCUUGAAUGGGACUACUUUUAUGCCAGGAAAAAGGGGGAAUGUUGGGGGUUACUCUUGUUGUGAAUGGAGGUCUCUUGCAACUCUAAAAAUUCUGAUCUAGGAUGUUCAGAUUUCAAAUUCUAUCCACACUAUUAAAAAAAUUAGCUGGGCCUGUUCAAUACAAUAUAUGUAAUUCAAUAUUAUCUGGGCCUAUUCAAAAAGGGAAUCACGAAUAACUCCAAACUUCAGAUCUUUUUCUGAAAAAAUCUUGCUUGCCUAAGGAGGAAAUUAAAUGGCCCAUUGGGUGGCACCAUUCCCUUGAUACUCAUGGAAUCCCUCAGUGUGUCAGAGCUGGGAAGAGACCCCAGUGGUGACUAAGGUCCUCCCUCCCCCUCUUUACAGGUGAGGAAGCAGGGAAGUUAAGGGACUGGCUCAAGCGGACCCAAGAGCCAGGAAAUGAAUCCAGUCUUCAGUAGAAACAGCCAGCACCUGAGCCCAAUCCCCUGUGCCAACUCAGAGUCCAGCAGUUUAGGGCAACCAUCAGACUUUGCUGUCCUUAAACCUAGCUCCCUUCUCAGUUAUGCCUAGGUGGAAGGCUUUGCCGACCAACUGAGCCCCAAGUGCUCCCAAACAGGUGUUGGAAAUUCUAAGAAAUUUCCAUUCUUAGUAUUAUCAGGUCCCCUGGUUUCUUCCCCAAAGUGGCACCAUUUGCAUAUUACAGAAGCUGUGGCAGAGGGGUUAGCGGGCAGAGCCCUGGUGCCAUGGCGGCCGAGGUGUGCUGCAUGCCAACCCAACACUCUGCCUCAGUAGUCUCCACGGUUGAUGUGUCUUCAUGAACGUUUUUUAAGAUGGUAUGCUUGCUGUUAUAGCCAAUAUGUAAAUGUUACUCUGAAUAUAUAUUUAUAUGCCAUGUUACUACUUAGUGACAUUAUCCAGACAUUUGUAUGCGUAUUUGUGAAAAGUUGUUUGCAUCCAUUUUUUUUUAUAUCCGCCUAAGUUUUGUAAAAGAGGUAUGUUGAAUAAAUUCUUUAAAAAUGAA